UUUGUAUUUUAAGUGAAAAAUAAAGGAAAUAAGGACUUACCAUGACUGAAAAUGAUCCUUGGUUCGAGCGAGAACUCCAAAAAGUUGAUAGAGAAUUGUUGGAAGUUGAGAAACAGCUGUCGAAACUCACAAUUAAGCGUCGGAAAUUGUUGGAGUUGAAGGAAUCGCUGAAAAAUAAACAAUUACAAAAAAAGGCACAAGAGCUUUCGAGUCAGGAUUGGGAAGGAGAAGAGUAUCCUUGGUCCGCAAAAGUUCGUGAAAUAUUGAAGAAAACUUUCAAACUCAGGGAUUUUAGACCUCAGCAGUUAAGAACAAUCAACGCUAUUUUAUCGAAACAGGACGUUUUGCUACUUGCUCCAACUGGCGGCGGUAAAAGUCUUUGUUUUCAAUUGCCGGCAUGCGUCACUUCUGGCAUCACAAUUGUCAUUUCGCCCCUUUUAUCGCUUUGUGAGGAUCAGAUUUGGUCACUUGCUCGUCUCGGAAUCGAUGCUCGCAUGUUAAAUUCGACCACAGAUAAAGAAUCUUCCUCGACAAUUCAUAAGCUUUUGUCGGAAAAAGGCAGUAAUUGUCCCAUGAAGUUGCUUUACGUGACGCCUGAACGACUGGCGAAGAGUAAACGUUUCAUGAAUUGCCUCCAAAAGGCACAUGGCUUCAAAAAACUCGAUAGAUUCGCCAUUGAUGAGGUGCAUUGUUGCUCGCAAUGGGGUCACGAUUUUCGCCCGGACUAUAAAUUCCUUGGAACUUUGAAGACUUUGUUCCCGGACAUCCCGAUUUUGGGUGUGACAGCGACAGCAACGCAAAAAGUCAUCGCCGACGUGCAAAAAAUGCUGAAUAUCAAGCAUUCGUUGCUCUUUAGUGCGCCAUUUAAUCGACCAAAUUUGUAUUAUCACGUCUUGGAAAAGCCCUCGGAGAAGGAAAAAGUCAUCGAGCUGCUGGCGGAUUUGUUAAAAAAUCGCUACAAAGGAAUGUCGGGGAUUAUUUACACUUUUAGCAUCAAAGACGCCGAAGAACUCACCUCAGAACUGCUACAACGUGAUAUCCGAGUGCGACCUUAUCACGCCAACUUGGAUAGCGACAAAAGAACCAGAAUUCACUCCCGUUGGCUGAACGGCGAGAUUCAAGCGGUGAUCGGAACUGUCGCAUUCGGGAUGGGAAUCGACAAAAGUAACGUGCGGUUCGUCAUUCAUCACACAAUCGGCAAAAGUAUGGAGAAUUUUUAUCAGGAAAGUGGUCGCGCAGGUCGUGAUGCCAACUAUGCGGAAUGCAUUUUACUCUAUCGCCUCCCUGACAUCUUCAAAAUUACGACAAUGAUGUUUUCGGAGCACACAGGCCUCAAAAAUGCCUAUUCCAUGGUCGAAUAUUGCAUAAAUGGCUCGAAAUGUCGUCGAACGUUAAUUGCAGCGCAUUUUUCGGAUGUUUGGGAGGAAUAUUCUUGCGGAAAAAUGUGCGAUCAUUGUUAUUACGCGGACAGACCUCAAGGAAGAAAAAUUGACGUUACUGAAGAUUGUCGGGCGUUGCGAAGAAUUAUUCGACGUGCUGACGAGCUGAAACAAAAUCUCACAGCUUUGAAACUCGUGGAUGCGUGGUUAGGCAAAGGACCUUCUACAUUGCGUUUUGAGGCAGUUCCCAGCUACGAACGCUUCUACGCCGAACAAAUAAUCGCUUUUUUGAUCAUUAACGACUAUUUGAAGGAAGAAUUUAAUUUUACGCCGUACACGACUUAUAGUUACAUCAAAGUUGGACCUGAAAUUAUACCGGAAACGGGAAUAACUUUUCAAUGUGCGCGUAUUUACAAGUUGCCAAGUGCAGAAAAACUGAACAAAACUCCGACAAAGGCAAGAAAUUCAAAUUUGGAUGAUGAGGAAGAAGCGGAAGAAGUUGUUUUUGUGUCGUCGACGGAGAAAAAGAAGCGAAAAAGAGUCGUUGUUGAGGAAAGUAGUGACGAUGAAGAGCCGUUAGUGACGAGAUCAACUCCAAUUGCGAAGAGACACAGUACAAAUGGCGUGGAUGAGAGUCAAAUGUCGGUUAAAGAAGAGGAGAGCAUAGAAAUUUAUGAUGAAUUGGAAGAAACUGGUAGAAGAACUUGCAUUAAAAGUGAAGGAGAGUUAAUUGAAGUGUGUGAGCCGCUGGAAAAUGAUGUGAUACAUUUAGAUUAGUUCAAUAGAAAUUCAAUAAAUUUGUUUUUUUAUA